AAGACCUUUGUGUGAACUUUCUAUUCAUCAUAUCGAUCACAUCAACGUCUAUAGCGUCUAUCGAGCAGUUAGCCUGUCACUUUCCAGCCGAACGGACGUGAUCAAAAUAGUUAUCAAUGAUCCUCUGAGGCUCAGGUUAUGUUCGAAGAAAGGGGACUCUGAACGAAACCAACCACCGAUCACUUGAUCACUUGCCUUAGUUAGGAUCACAUAGGGAUAGGUAUCUUGCACAAUGGCUGACAUCCAGCAAGAGGCCAAUGCCGAGGCCCUUGCCGCCACCACUUCGUCCUUUGUCACCUCGUUAAUCGUCAACUCGGUCGUUGCUGGGGUGGAAAUCCUGGCCUUCAUCAUCAUCCGUAGAAAGCUCAAGGCGGUCUACGAGCCCCGGAGUUAUAUGCCGCCACAGCAGAACCGCGUGCAUGCAUUGACCAAGAGUUGGUUGGGAGUGUUUUGGCAGAUUUACAAGUCGGAUGCGUCCUUGGUCUUGCAAAAGAAUGGAGUCGACGCCUAUGUAUUCAUCCGUUUCCAUCGACUCAUGCUCAUCAUCCUGGUACCCAUCUGGCUGUUGUCAUGGGUAAUUCUCCUUCCCAUCAACACGGUCGGAACAAAUACGAAUGGAAAAGAAGGCGUCGACAAGUUGACCUUCGGGAAUAUCGAUGGCGAUCAUCAAUCGAGACUUUGGGCCCACCUGGUCUUGGCAUAUGUCUUCAGCUUCUGGAUCUACUACAACAUUCGAAGAGAGAUGGGCCGAUGGGUCUUGAUCAGGCAAAAAUACCUGAUCAACCCUGCCCACUCUGCUCUAGCUCAAGCCAACACAAUCUUGAUCACGGGUAUUGCUCAAAGCUACUUGGACGAGCAGAGACUCGCUCGACUCUUCCAUCACCUGCCCGGCGGUGUCAAGAAGAUCUGGCUCAACAGAGACCUGAAGGACAUGGCCGUUGUGCACGACGCUCGAGUCAAGGCGACCAAGAUGUUGGAGAACGCGCAGGUCAAGCUCAUCAAGAAAGCGGCUCAACAGAAGCUGAAAAGGGAAAAGACGAGAGAGAAGCAGUCAUCCAAGGGCAAGAAGAUCAGGGACGAUCCGGACGAGAUCGUCAACAAAAAUAUCAUGCAAGGGGAACAAUCGCCCUCCGCCUUGACCCUCGCCGAGCUGGGAAAGAAGAUUCACAACAACGAGAUUCUUGUCGCGGAUCGUCUGAUAUCUAGGGACCAGAGACCUCAGCACCGUAUCGGCGCCAAAUGGUGGCUACCCUUUUCUGGCAAGAAGGUUGACACGAUCGAUUGGGCGCGGCGCGAAGUGUCAAGAACGACUAGGAUAUUGGAGGCGGACCGCAAACAAUUGGCGGACGACAUCGAAAAGCCGGGGACUGAAGGCGAGAGGUAUCCUCCACUCAAUUCCGCCUUUAUCUACUUCCAUCAGCAAAUCGCUGCGCAUUUAGCUGCCCAGAUCGUGUUGCACGAUCAGCCCUACCGCAUGACGGGACAUUAUCUUGAAGUGGCACCGGAGGAUAUUAUUUGGAGUAACCUGGGUAUCGACCCAUACUGGGCGCAGAUUCGACGUUUGGGCAGUUAUGCAAUCACGGCAGGUCUUGUCAUCUUCUGGUCCUUUCCCAGUUCUUUCAUCGGAGCCCUUUCCAACCUUUCGAGGCUUUGUCCUCGUUGGCCCUGGCUUGCUUGGUUAUGUGAAGCCCCUUCAAUCGUUCGAGGUGUAAUUCAGGGAGUGUUGCCCCCGGUCUUGCUCGCCGUCCUCAACUUGCUGCUGCCUAUCAUUCUACGACUGCUUGCCCGUUUCGAAGGAGUUCCCCGUAAGACUAGCGUCGAGCUGUCUUUGAUGACCCGAUAUACGAUCUUCCUCGUAUUCAACUCUUUCCUAAUCGUGACGCUAUCGUCGGGGUUGAUAUCCUCGUUCCAAGAAAUUGGGCGGAACCCUUCUUCGGUCGCCACCAUCCUCGCAAAUCAAUUGCCGUUGGCAUCGACUUUCUUUCUCACGUUCACGAUGCAAAGGGCCGCGGGAGCGGCCGGGAACCUUCUGCAGAUCAUCACCAUCGUAUUCUAUUUCAUCAAGCUCGUUCUGCAGGGAGGCACUCCCCGAAGCGUAUUCAAACAGAAAUACUCGAUGCAGACGCCCGAUUGGGGUCAGACGUUCCCUAACAGCACAAUCAUCGCUAUUAUCGGUAUCGCUUACAUGAUCAUUUCACCUGUCAUUACCGGUUUCGCGGUGGCCGCCUUUGCGCUGUCUUAUAUCAUUUACAAGUAUCUCUACACUUGGGUAAUCGAUCAACCUCCUCAUUCCGAUACGGGCGGAUUAUUCUUCCCCAAGGCAAUCACACAUCUCUUCGUCGGGCUGUACAUUCAGCAGAUCGCUCUGUGCGCCCUGUUCUUCCUGGCCAGGAACAGUAGCGGUACUGUCUCGGCUAUCCCUCAAGGUGCACUCAUGGUGGUGCUGUGUGUUUUGACGCUCGGUUUUCAGUAUGGAAUCGUCCACUCUUACAGCUCGCUCAAAACACCUUUGCCCUUGUCCCUCGCCUACCUAAGUUACGGCAUGCCAAGGGAAGAGCACGAUCGUACUGAGAGGGACGUAGCAGACGGGGAGUUUGAUGCUCGAGCCAUUGAAGAAGAGCGCGACCGUAUGGAGAAAGAGAAUCGGUUACGUUUGCCCGACUUCCAGUCAAUCCGACAGUCCCUUCCCAUACCUCCCGGCUUGAAGCGAAGAUCGUCUGCCCGGACUUUGCCGCAUCCUGAGGAUGCCGAUGACACUGUCUCGCACAGCCCUCCUCAUUCAAAGGACAAGCGCCACAAGAAGCAGGAAAUUGAAAUGGCCAAUAUGGGUGACAAGGUGCAAGAGAAGGCGGGACAACUGGAUUCGACGACGACAGAACAGCAUGGAGAUGGCGGCGACGCUGCUCAGAAAGAAUGGGAGCAGCAUAUGGCAGCUCUUCGCGCGGGCUCGCAGAACGGCGAGGCACCCGUGUCAAAUGGACAGGAAGCAGGUAGCGCUGUUCGCAACUCGAACGACGAUGAAUCCUACAAUGAGAAUGAAGGCGUCGUAGAGACGGACGGCCGAAACAAGACUGAAUUCGCGCAAGAUGCUUUCUCGCACCCGGCCUCUAAGGAACCGCAGAGAACCGUAUGGUUACCUGAAGACGACUUGGGCUUGGCCGUGGCAGAAGCGGCUGACAACCGUGCUAUUGGAAUCUCCUCGACCACGACGGACGCCUAUCUCAAUCGCAAAGGCAAGGUUGAAAUCACAGGACCGCCGCCCGAUGACUUCGAAGGUACAGAGGAGUGAUAUGAUUGCACUCAGCAAGGCUUUCGAUUCUAGGGUAUCCGUUUGCUUGCUUCUCCAGGCUUUGUUUUGCUUAACGACCUUGACGUUUCCUCUCUUCCAUAUACUGUAACGACCGAGUAUGCACGUAAUACAAUCGAUAUUCAUAACGCAUAUUCAUUCUUGA